UUAGUGAGGGCCUCCAGAUCUUAAAAGAAAGCAAUGCAGAUCCGUUGGAGGUCAUUUCGUUGUUUACAGCUGUGCUUCCAGAGAGGUUUAAAAGCUACUGCAUUGAGGAAGAUAACUGCACUUUAAGCGGACUAUCCGAGCUUGAGAUGCGCGCCGCCUUAAAUGCUCUACUCGAUUAUCUGAAUGACCUAAAAAACCACUUUGCUGCUUGUUAUGACCAGCGAAGCAGAAUGGUCGAUUCGACUCUGUUUGUGGUGCUGUUGUUGCUGUCUUCUGCGGAACUAAAGCUGUUUCUGUCUACGAAGAACUUCUGUGACUUUGAGUUUGUUGUUGAAACACUGGUGAAAAAUGAGCUUUAUGAGGAAUUGGUGCUUUUUCUCAUUAAUAGUGGUGAGCCUGAAAAGGGGCUUCCUUUCAUAAUUGGCAAUAUAAAGGAGAUCGAUAGAAAGCUUUUUAUACAAUAUGUGAAACAUUUGUAUCCCGGACAUCUUAAGUUAGUUUUUGAGUGCACGGCUACGCUUUUAAUAGCCGAGGAUUUUAACGAUUGGUUUCAGAUUUUUGUGGCUGAAAAUGUUCUUGCAUCAAAAAUUUUGCCCUUAGCACAGGACGAGAGAGAUCGGAUUCACUCUCAAACACUUGCAUUCGCCGAGUUGCAUGCUCACUCGUUAGUAUUACCUUUAUUGGAGCACAUGGUUGCCGUGGAGAACGCAGCGCUGGCCUUGAAUACCUGCGAAAUCAGCGGCGAAUCCUUAAAACAUCUGCAAUGGCUUGAAUUACUUCACACUAGACUCGCUGAAAAGUACAUAAGCACUGUUAGCGCGCUUUCCAUUGAUCUAGAAGAGGCAGAAAGUCUGCGUGGCAAAUUUAGAAACUUUUUAAGAAGUUCAAAUCAUUAUGCAGUGGAUAAGCUACUUUCCAUCGAGGCUAUGAACAGCAUUUUUUUGGAGGAAAAGGCCAUUAUUCUGGAGAAAAGCGGCCGCCAUAAAGCCGUAAUUGAUCUCUAUAUUAAUAAACUUCGGCGGGUGGACCUUGCAUUGGAGUAUUGCAAUUCGGUGUCAGCCACCACCGCGAACCCCGAUCUUUUUCUCGAUGUGCUCUGCAUGCUACUUGAUUCGAGAUCGCCAGAUCUCGGCCCCUUUUUAGAGGUUUUGACACGCAGCCGCUUAUCGUUGGAUCCUUUGAAAGUGCUCGAACUCCUUCCAGAAUGGGUGACUGUUGAAUCUGUAUAUCCUUAUAUAAGCCAAUUGCUUCAGGAAACGAUUACAAAAACCAGAGAGCAACAAGUUUUAAAAAGUUUGAACAAAGCUAAAAGACUGAAGGCAGAAGAAGCUCUUUUAAACCUUCAGAGGCGUUCAGUUUUUCUCUCUUGUGAUUCACCUUGCUAUCUUUGUAAUAAACGUUUAGGAAACAGUGUUCUGAUUUUAAAGACGGACUUUAACGUAGUCCACUACGGGUGUUACCACAAUGUACCGCUUGAUGAAUAAACACGAAAGCUCGAAGGAAGCCUUUACAUGAGCCCCUACGAGACGCCCGAUGUUCCUAUAUUUCAUACCAGGGCAUCAAGCUAUUUAGUUACCGGCUUUAAAUA